ACGUCGGCAUUCGACUCGUUAAGUUUCAAAGCGAAAGAUCUAUCGAAACCCAUUCGAUUCAACGAUCAAAUAAACGCGACUCCUACAAUUUCAUUUUAUCUCAAUCAAUUCGAACGAUAAUUUUGUUUAUCCGACAGUUUCGUUAUUUCGAACACGCGGCUCAGCAACUUUUCCACAUUCAUUCGCAUUCGGAUGACAAAUAACUUAUUUAUACAUUAAAAUAACGAUAACAGUAAUAAUUCAACAAAGUACAUAUAAAUAAAUAAAUAAUAAUGUCGGCGAAAACGGCUAACGGACACGCGGCGACGCCGUUAAAAGGAAAGGAAAAUCGAGUGGUGGACGUCGCCUCAAACAGCACAUACACUUUCGAGGCCCUCGAAGAGUCGGCGAAUUAUCUCUUGGAGCGAAUUUCAAUCAAGCCACGAAUCGCGGUGAUCUGCGGUUCGGGGAUGGCCGGCGAAUCUGAGAACAGUGAAUUGUGUCCAGGUUCCCUGGCCGACGCGCUGACCGACACGGUGUCCUUCGCCUACGAGUCGAUACCACAUUUUCCCGUAUCAACCGUUCACGGGCACGUGGGGAAACUCGUCUUCGGAUACCUCAAGGACGUUCCGGUCAUGUGCAUGCAGGGGAGGUUCCAUUACUACGAGGGAUAUCCGCUCUGGAAGUGUUCGAUGCCCGUACGUGUGAUGAAGCUGAUAGGGGUGGAUUAUCUGAUAGCCACGAACGCCGCGGGUGGUUUAAACCCAGACUACAAGAUUGGCGACAUCAUGAUGGUUCGUGAUCACGUGAACAUGAUGGGAUUUGCCGGGAAUAACCCGUUGCAGGGACCGAACGACGACAGGUUCGGACCCCGAUUUCCACCGAUGGCGAAGGCCUACAACUUGGAGCUAUUGGGAAUGGGUAGAAAGGUCGCCGAACAGAUGGGUAUAUCCGACAUCGUCCACGAGGGAGUGUACACGUGCCUAGGUGGACCGAACUUCGAAACAGUUGCCGAGCUUAAGAUGCUGAGGAUGGUCGGUGUUGACGCAGUGGGUAUGUCGACCGUCCACGAGGUGAUAAUGGCGAGACACUGUCACAUGACAGUUUUCGCGUUCAGUUUGAUCACGAAUAAAUCGCCGAUCGAUUACAACGACCUGCCCGACGCUAAUCACGAGGAGGUCAUAGACGUGGGAAAAUCGCGACAACCUCUUCUCGAGGAAUUCGUAUCGCGGAUAGUCACCAACCUCGCCAAGGAACACGGACUUGCAUCGAAAUGAACAUUUUUUCUCAUUCGAUUCAAUUUUGUUGAUAACAUUUUCUUUCUCGUCGUCUCAACGUUUCGUUUUCAACCGCACUCGAUCCGGUCGUGGAAAAACGUGCGGACGAUGUCCCGUGGAAAAAAAAGGAAAUUACGCUGGACAACCGAAAAAAAAAUUCCUUCAACUUUAUCUUCUUCGAAAUUUCAUGAGUAACUCCGAAUGAAAUUUAGCGACAAAAAAUUUUUUAUAUUGUAAAAUUGACCAGUUUUUUUUUUUUUUUUUUUUUGAUACCCCACGUAGCUAUAAAUUU